CCACAAGCGAAAUGUACAUCUUAAAAAACUUAACGCUUAUUGGCUUUCUGAGUGCUUGUUUUAUUAACUGCCAAGGAUUUGUCAAAUCGAACCCAAAGAAAUCCUAUGCUGCCUCAACAAUGGAACUGAUGAAACUCCUAGAGGUGGAGGAUGAACUGGUAGACAAUUUAAAGGGCUAUGUGAAAACACUGAAAAUGAAAUUCAAUUUAAUGGAAAGAUCCCUAAUAGAUAUGAGUAGAGAGAACAUGGAAAUGAAGAGUGAUUAUGAAUCGUACUUGGGAAAUCCAUUGAACAGCUUUCGACUAAUACAUCGCCUACACACGAGUUGGAGAAAAUGGUAUCAAUAUGCCAUUAAGGUCGAGAAUAAUGCUUUAGGGCACAUUGAAAAUGCCCGACUGAUGAGAAAGAUGCUACCAACCUCGUCGGAUUUGCAGCAGGCGUGUCGCGGAAUCCAUGACUUGAUGUCCUUUUACGAUUUGAAGCCAGAAGAACUGGCAGCUGGUAACUUAGCAGGGUACUCGCAGCCAGGAACAGGACUGACAGCUUACGAUUGUUUAGCCCUUGGUGAGUUUAGCGUUCAAAAACGAGAGGACGAUCUUGCCGAGGCUUGGUAUAACCUUUCUUUGAUUCGUUUUGAAAAUAAAUUCGACAAAUACCGAGUGCACAAGGCGUGGGGCCUUCUUUUGGCGAAGAACAAGCAACUUACUGACGCCUUUUACCAUUUCGAGAACAAGCCAGAGGGAAUAAUCGCCAGCAAUGAAGUCAUACACUUCAAGGAGGAGUUGUCGACCAAGCAGAACUGCGCUGUUGUGGUCCAAAAACCAAGUCGACUCCACUGUCGCUACAACACCACCACGACGCCAUUCACGCGGAUUGCCCCUCUAAAAAUGGAGGAGCUGGGCUUAGAUCCGUACAUGGUGGUCUUUCACGAUGUGAUUUACGACACCGAAAUUGAUGGGAUGCUAAACUCGAGUAAUUUCGGAUUAUCCCUUACUGAUUCAGGCCAGAAGUCUGAGGUGAGAACGUCCAAGGACUCAUAUAUAGUGGAUGCUAAAACACUCAAUGAGCGCGUAACCGAUAUGACCGGAUUCAGUAUGGAGAUGAGCGAUCCAUUUUCGCUGAUUAAUUACGGCUUAGGUGGGCACUACAUGUUGCACUACGACUUUCAUGAAUAUACGAAUACGACCAGGCCAAAGCAAGGGGAUCGUAUAGCAACUGUUUUGUUCUACCUGGGAGAAGUUGACUCGGGUGGCGCCACAAUCUUCCCGAUGAUUAAUAUUACCGUUACGCCCAAGAAGGGAUCAGCGGUGUUCUGGUACAAUCUGCACAAUUCCGGAGCUAUGAAUUUAAAAUCCCUGCACUCAGCAUGUCCAGUGAUAAGCGGUUCCAAAUACGUGCUCACGAAGUGGAUAAACGAACUGCCGCAAAUGUUUGUCACACCAUGUAUGAAAGACUCGAACCUACACCCACCCCAAAAAGAAUAAUCCUGUAAUCUGGACUGAAAUCCUAAUGAUUAAAUUAGUUUUCAUUUUUCAGCAUGAU